AUGACCGCAGGACUUGAUGAUCGUUUUGGAAGACGACGUGUGUCACUUAUCAGCUUAUUAUAUAUGAAUCUCACGUCAUGUGCUCGGCUGAGUGCCCGAGGGCAUGGAAUGAAUGAAGCGGUCAUUUCGAUCGUCCUUGACUCAGUUUUUCUUUCUUUGAUUAGGUAAUAUGUUGUUUAGUGUGAUUCACGUGUGGAGGAGUUGAGGAGAACCGGUUUGGUGCCAGUCACUUCUUCGAAUCUCUUCAGAAGCUUCAACUCUAGGCGGGUUUUCCAUUCGAAAACAGAAGACAUCUGAGCUCGUCUUUUUGCCUCCGAGCCGGCUUUGCGUGAUCGUUGUUUUUUUAUUGUGCGUCUACAGUGUUCGCUGCUGGGCGACGUGAAGUCGUCGUCGCUGGGUGUUGCGUGAGACUCUGUCGUUUAGGUCACGCUGGAUAUCGCUCAAGUGUUUCAGGAUUGGAGAUCUCUUGUUCUACCUACCUCGAGGGCCCUAUGCGUCUAAGCGUCGGGAUCACGGACCUGUCGACAACGACGCGAACCUGGAGCAGCCUCAGGUCGCGGUUGUGAUGAGCGACAGGGCCUUGAAGGCGAACAGUUAUGGCCAUGGUCUUGGCCGUUCUUCAACGAUUGGCCGCGUGAAAGUACUUUCAACAAUUCUUGGUCGUUCUUUGUAUGUCCGGUUACUUGGCCACUCUGUCAUCAACCAGAUUCUACUAGUUAGUUGUUUAUUAUUAGUGUUUACCCCUCCUUGUUUAUGUUUCAUACCAGAGAAGUUCGACGUUUUAAGCGAACAGGACUUUACGAACGCCGAACACUUACUCAAAGGUACGGUAACACACGCUCGUUUACUGUGAUUCAGACGAAAUAUUUAGAGAUUCCAUUCCCAUCGAAACUGUCAAUGAUUAUAAAUCCGAUAUCAGAGGUCCAGUAGCAGACAGGAAACGUUUCAAACGAAACGGGGUCAGUAGGACGACCAAGCUCUGGCCUCAAGGCAAAAUACCGUACGCGAUCUCACCCCACUACACAACUCACGAAAGGGCAUUGCUGGCUAGGGCAGUGAAACAGGUAAGGGGUGUCAUUGUAGCUUUAUGAAAUUGUAAAAUACUUUUUGAAGUUACUUUUUUCUAUUGAAAGAACAUUAGUCUUUGGUGUUCAACAAGUUAUCAAAAAAUAGCUGAAAAAAGUAAAAAUGUUAUUUGAAACACAAUGCCAAUCGCCAGCGAAACCAGAGUUUGAAUUUAUUUGCAAUAUGAAAAUGGCUCAAAAUGAUUAAACUUCUUGGAAUAACAUUAGAACCUUUCAAGACAAUGCAACUACUUUACUUUUUAAUAAUCAAGGAUUUCAGUACCACGAGAAGACCUGUAUCCGGUUUGUGCCACGCGUGGGUGGCGAAGGGGACUAUCUGUUCAUUGGCAAGGUCGAUGGGUAAGGUCCUGAUCCUUCUUAUUUCCAAAUUUUAGUUGUUUUUCCGAGGUCGGUCGCACUAGUGGUGUACAGGUACUAUCUCUGGACAAUGGGUGCAUGGAAUAUGCCACAAUCAUCCAUGAGAUGAUGCACGUGGUUGGGUUUUACCAUGAACACGAACGAUGGGACCGUGACGCCUUCAUCGACAUCAUCUGGCAGAAUAUCGACAGAGGUUUGACUAUAAUUUCACUUAUGUUUUGCUUAUUUGUAUUAAUAUUUAGGUGAAAAAGUCUGUAGAGUAUUGCCCACACGACUAAAAAUAUCUUUUCAAACGCAUCUUAUAAAAAUUUUUGAAAAUUUUGAAACUUUUUUAAAUUCUUUGUUCUUACUGUACUUCAGGAGCACUAGACCAGUUUGGCAAGGUAGACCUGAGUAAAACCUCUUACUAUGGCCAGCCUUACGACUACAAGUCCAUCCUUCACUACGACAGCCUAGCCUUCUCCAAGAACGGCUUCCCAACUAUGUUGCCCAAGAAACCAGGUAAGGUGAAUGUACUGUAACCGCCGAUUUCAGGGCUAGCCACCACCAUCGGAAAUGCCAAAGACUUUAGCGACGUCGACUUGGCCAAAAUUAAUCGUAUGUACAAAUGUGACCGACGGCCAUUAAAUGCGCUGUUUGGAGCGGCCACUAACAACCAUGUACAUCCGAUCUACAGUCAACCAUAUGUCAGGGGGUCGAGUCGACCAUCGUCCGUGGAGAGCAACCUAAUAUAUGACACUCGACGACCUCAGCCGAAUGUUGGUGAGUUAUUUGUUCCUCAAGGAAGCUGUUCUUUAUUACUUUUAAAUGACAUAAUUUGUCAUCGCCUGCUUUUGAUACUGUAGUAUUUGGUGUAGAAAAGCAUACAAUGAUAACACAGUACAAUUACUUGUGACAUUUUUAAAAUCAUCGCAAGCUGAUAAACUUUACAUUUAAUUUUCAGUCUGCGAAGACAAGAUUACGGUAUGUUGGUGGACCCAGGACCGGUGCUUGUCGCCAAACAUCUACGCCAUGAUGAAGACCUUGUGCGCCAAAACUUGUAAAUUCUGCUAGCUACUACUCCCAACUUCUCGAAAUGAUACUCCGUUAUUGUCUGUGAAUAAACGAUUGUUAUUACUGUAGAUAACCGGUGUAAGGGUGGCUUCGGAUCCGAACAAAUGUCGUUGCUCGCGGGUUCCAAAAAAACUGCAGCCGGCUGCAAAGAAGAGGUCCGAAAAUAGCGUGCGUUUGGUGGAGACGGAGACAGAAGCCAGCGUCCGGGAUCCGAGCCGGUUUGGUGCGUCGGCCGUCUUCUCAGCGCCUGCGGUCUCUCGCCCUCUGAAUGACCACUGUCCAUUUGGGAGGGGGAGAGCAGGGCCUUCCUCUUCGCUUGCUAAAAAUACUUGUGACCUAAGGGCUUUUCGUCGCUCAACCUUUGCACUUUCCAUCGUAACAGUCACGAUCUUGAACUUUGCCUGCCUUCAGAAGCCGCCAGCUGACACCGUCGGUCAGCAUCAUGACCUCCUGGCAGGAGCACAUGUGCAAGCUGCAGCAACGCCUCAUGGAAAGUAG